GCGAGAUGCCAGGAACGGCACAUGUCUUGCUCGAGUGAUCCCACCCAGAGUUCUGUUGUUGUUUAGGUGACCAUGUUUGUAGCCCGCUUUUGCCAGAUUUGGAUCUGACGUGCACCAUGAAUACCAAGUCAUCGUGACACAACGUUGGCGCCCGGUCUAUUAUCCCGCACCUCAUUUAGGGGGGAGUGGGAGAGACAUCGUGCGACGGCGGCUUCUCCCCCCCAUGCCGCACCAUGAAGACCGAGCCCGAACUGCAGGCGAAACAGCCAUGGGAGCAUGGCAGCCCAAAGCGGCCCUAGAGAAACAGAAGUCCGAGCCUCCUCGACCAGUUCGUCUGAUUUUGGGGGGGGGGGGGGGGGGGGGGGGGCAGACGAGAGGCCAGCCAAGUCCAAGACGAACCAGACCCGUCCCAUUCAACGGGAGAGGCGCAGGAUUGGCGCCCGCCCGUGGAAGAUCGUCGGCACGCCAUCCCAUCAACCUCUUUCGCUCUCUCGUAUCUGCCGGCAUCAGGGCGGGCCAGGCUGGUGACAAGAGAAUUCCCAGAAAGGGCGUCAAUAUCACGCGACACCGGGCCUUCAUCCAGGUGCCGGCCAAGGAAACCUUACCGCUUUCAGGAAGUCUGCGGAAGACACAGCAGCCCUGCCAUCGCGACGGCAAAGGCUUGCGUCGGGGCUACGCCGCGAUCUCCAAGCCACCGGUGCCGUCCUCGAGCCGCCCUCACUCCAAAGAUAGAAGCAAGUGAUGGCUGUCGGGACAGGAGAAUGAUUUUUAUUUAUUUAUUACUAUUGUAUCUUGGAGAAAAAUAUGAG